CGUAGUUCCACCUCAGCUCCAGGUCGUAAAUCGUAGACCCUGUUCAAGGGCAGAGUGAGUCGUGGCCGCAGAGUGGUCAGUCCGCUGUUUCAACCUUGUCCAGCGCAUGGCCUGCAGAUCAUCACCCAAUAAUAAUCCUUCUCAACCUGCUUGUCUCGCCUCACACUAAAGUCAGGAGUACGUACUGCACAUAUACAGGGGUGAAGCGAGGUACGUACCGUACACCUCCAAUAAUAAUAUAAUAAUAGUACAGUGUACAGAGUAGUUGGAAAGAAAAAAGCCCGUCGCGAGUUGCCGCAAUUUUUUCCCCAAUCCGAUCCGUCCUAGACCCAAAAUAGCGCUCGCUCUUGACGGACCGCUUCUUUACUUCCUUGUGAAGGCGGAGGCGGAGGCUUGGGGUUGAGUGAAUUUUUCAACAAUAACCCCCACAAGCAAGCUGGGGUGAGGAAUGAGACAGUCCAAAAGUCAGGCAGGGUUCACGGACAUAGUACCACUUUUUUUUUUUUCCGGGUUACGAAGCAGGUACCAGGCUGCUUUUUGAGUGAGAACUCGUGUUGGGAUUUUUUUUCCCCCCCCCCCCCCCCAAUUCCCUUUCCCUUCCCCCCCCCCCCUCAGCUUCCAAGGCCCACCCCAGGUCUCUUGCUUCCACGUGAUGGAUCCCUUUACUCCAAAAGCCGGCUAUGGUCAUUAUCUCGCGCAUUCGUUCGUCGGUGUACCGCAAGUCACUCGUCUGGACGAGCACCGGGUACUGAAAGAGAGCCGCCAUGACCGCCGCGAAAUCGACACCAUGCAAUUUAUUGCAGCAAACACAACCAUCCCCGUGCCGAAAAUCUACAACACAAAGUUCGACAAGGAGAAACAUAUCUCCUACAUCGUGAUGGAAUACAUAGACGGCGAACCCCUGAACAAAGCCUGGAUAAACCUAACCCAGGACCAGAAAGUCUCCACCUGCAACCAGCUAGUCGAUUACCUCACCCAGCUCCAAAUGUUGACAGGUGAGCGCAUUGAAGCUGUGAACAGCUCUACUGUGCGCGUUGGCCUAUACGAAUCCCGCUGGGGCGGGCCCUUCGACAGCGAAAAGGAAUUCAACGACUUCCUCGCCCAGGGCCUGCAGCAGCACAACCUAACGGACAACCACGCCAUCCAUUUCGCACACGGCAAUCUCAGCCCCCGGAAUAUCAUGGUCAACAAGUGCGGCCGCAUCACUGCCAUUCUGGACUGGGAGUGGGCCGGCUGGUUCCCGCAGUACUGGGAUGUUGUCCGCAUGCUCGUGGAUAUCCCGGGCAAGAGGCAGAUGCCAGAUUAUGCGGAGCAUCUUCGGGCCACGUUACCGUACUUGUAUAAGGAGGAGUACUCGGCAAUGCUGGAUGUGUUUCGGGGGAGAUCUUCGGGCCCUCAUGGGGGAAUGCCUGCUCAUGCCACGUCUCGUUCCAGGUGAUAUCGGCCCCACCCCCCUUCUCCUGGUUUUCAUUCUUUAAUGUGAUCAUGAUGUGCGCACCUGAGCUGUGGGAAGGCUAGGCCUUGUAGGUUAUUUAUUAAUUAAAACCCCUUUUUGUGCAUGAAGAUGGCUUCUGGUUUUUUUUUUGUGUGGGUGGUUGAUCUGUUGCAUCACUGCGUUGACUUAUCGAGGAAACUGCAUGUUCUUCUCUCUUACGAUCUCUGCUGUUCGCACUGCGAUUUUGAUGCUGUGAGGAUUGAGUGGCGUUAGGAUAUUUUACUCGAUUUCAUGAUUAUAUGAUAGCUAAAAAUAAUUUUGUUCAAGA